GUUUUCCAUGUCUCCCCCCCCCCCCUGUUCUCUCCUCCACCUCCAUUUUUCACGCGGCUUGUGCACUCGGAGAGAGAAUUACGACGGGAGGUAGAGGGAGAAUGAUGUUGACAGAGGCAGUACUGGGCCGGGUUUCGGAGUCCGGUUAACCCGGCGCAGGAGCCGGUGGGACUCGAGGGAGCGGCGACUGACAACUAUCGAGCGGGAGAACGGGGGGAGGCGGGGAGAGAGAGAGAAAGAGACACCCCUGAGGAGGAGAGAGAGACAUGGCGGUGGCGGUGACGGCCGAGCGCGAGGAGUUGCUGCUGUUAUUGUCGUUGUCGGAGAGAGUGCGGCCGAGACUGGGGGAUAACAGCAGCCGGAGCCUCCGGGAUUGAGGGAAAGCUAGGCCUCGGGUCGUUACCAGUUUCAUUGAGACACGAUGAAGAAGAACGGGUAGACCGGCAAGUGGUGGCUGCGGUGUUUUGUUACUAUUCAUGACAGGAUUUUUCAAUGUACCGAAUGGAGAGAGUGUUCUCCUGGUGUGGAUUCGUUUUAAAUUGAAAUGAAAUAAUGGCGACACGAAGGACUUGUCCAAGUGAAGAGGAGGAUGGAGAUGCAAAUUGGAAAAAACAUCCAUCUGCUAGAAAGGAUGAGGGAAAAGACAAGAAGAACGGAAGUCGGCAAGUUGACACCAUCUCUCCAUUGGUGGAAGACAUUUUCUCGUGGCCAGGCCCAAAAACUAUUAGUCUACGACGAAAUUCACAAGGCUUUGGAUUUACGCUGAGACACUUCAUUGUCUACCCCCCAGAGUCAGCUGUGCAUACCAAUAUAAAGGAUGAAGAAAAUGGAAAUAAAGGGGGACAAACUAAAGGCAAGCUGGAGCCCAUGGACACCAUCUUUGUUAAACAGGUUAAAGAAGGUGGACCAGCGCAUGGAGCUGGAUUAUGUACAGGUGAUCGGAUUGUCAAAGUAAACGGGGAAAGUAUUAUUGGAAAGACAUAUUCCCAAGUUAUAGCCUUGAUUCAAGACAGUGAUUCUGUGCUGGAGCUUUGUGUUAUGCCAAAAGAUGAAGACAUCCUGCAACUAGCAUAUUCCCAAGAUGCCUACUUAAAAGGCAAUGAUCCAUACACUGGCAAUGCCCACAAUAUCCCUGAACCACCACCUGUUUGCUACCCUCGAUUGACCAACUCCAGUUCACCUGGGGCUCAGCCCAUGGAGGUUUCACCACCAGAGCCUUCUCGAGGGAGGCAACAAAUUAAUAGGUCGGUACGAACUGUUGCCGCAUCCGAUAGAGGAUGUUGGACCGAAGUGCAAGUUUCAUCUUCAGAUAUUGCAAAAACUAAUACUGCUGUGUGUGUUUGCAAUGAAACAGUAAGGACUGUUAUUGUGCCUUCAGAGAGGGUUGCUGAUUUUGCACCUGGUAGAAUUAAUCAUUCAAGUCCAAUUCUCAGAACAGAAGAAGUACAUUAUGGCUUUACUGACCAUGCCAUUGCGAAAGCAAGAACGAGGACAACCACCUCUUCAGCUGUUUUAACUAGUAAUACAAUUCAUCAAGUUACAAGUGGUAGGGUAAAAGACACUACAACAACUACCUCUACCACGAAUGCUGGUAAACAGACAAUCUAUGGAUCAUAUUCAGAUGCUAUUUGCAGUAAAUCUACACCUCAAACCACAGACUGUUCGAUCCCAAAUCACCAUUCACCUUCAACUGUUACUUCGCACCAAAAUAUAGACUGGCGUAAUUAUAAAACUUAUAAAGAAUAUACAGAAAAUAGACGUUUGCACAUGUAUGGUAGUAGGACAAUACAGGAAAGAUUAGAUAGUUUGAGAGCAGCAGCUCAAAAUUCAACAGAUUAUCAACAAACCUCUCCAACCUGCAUAACAACUCCAGCAAGACGUCGGAGCACAUCACAUGAUCGAUCUUGCCAAGCUGCACCAAUGAGAUACCGUAGUGUGUCUCAGGAACGGUUAGGAGAAUCUGUUCUAAUGAAAAAUUGGCCACGAAGUGCUUCACAGGAUGCGUUAACGUCACCAGUAAUUGGACCACAGAACCAUAGGACACGGUCCUGUGAUUAUCUGGGAAAACAACCAGAGAUGUUGGGCAGUCUACCUGCAGAUAUUGGAACAAUAAAUUCACAUGAUGCGGCUGAGAAUGGGGUGCAGCGAAUAUUUAAUCAAGCAGCUAGAAUUAAUGAAUUGGAUAACAGAUUUUGUUUACGCGAAGGAUUACGGCAGCCUGUGAGACACGUUGGGCAUUCAGCAACUCUCAUAUCUACCAGUAGUACGGCACAGUCUCAGAACAAUAGUCUUCCUUCAAGUGUUCCCAGCACUGAUGGUAUAAAGGUGCGAUCCAACGUUCGAAGCAGUGCACGUUCUAGUCCUGCCCUGCCAGUUUGGAAGGUUGCUCCUGAUAUGAAACCUAUUCAGCAUUCAAGGGAUCACCAGUCCAUUUAUAAAGGGCAGCAACCUCUGGUUCCUUCUCAAGAAAAAUCUUAUUUACCAAUGUCCUUUCAAACUACCCUACCAAGUUCUUUGUUAACCACCACUGUCCCCUGUGCAACAUCAGUUUUUUCUCCUACCCAAAGUAUUGGUAUUGAUGCAUUAAAAGAUCCAAGAAUGGUAAAUCAUAGUAAUCUAUGUGGCCAGCAUUUAGAGUCAAGGACAAGAGCUGAAAGUGUGCCUGAUCAUCCAGCAGAAAUUGCUGUUGCUGUAAGAUCAGCUUCAUGUUCAGCACCGACAUCUGCACAGCCUUUUGUGCAGACUAAUAGGAUAUUAAAGGCUGCUGCUACCUCCAGUGUUACCAAUGCAUCAAUUAGACAAAAGAAUAAAGAAAUGGAAAAACUGAAACCUGAAAGUAAACUAGAAGAGAAAGUUAAGUUAGAUGAAGAGAAUUGUCUAGAACCGAUUGAUCUUAGAUCUGGACUUAAAGAGCAGGAUCCUUCAGACAUAAAAGAGACUGUGAUUUUGAGAGAAAAACUUGCCUCAAGUAAAUUAGCACCACAACCACUAAGACAUCAGUCAUAUAUUUUAGCUGUAAACUCACCAGAUACAGCAGCAGACCCGACCUGCUGGCUACCUAAUGAUACACGUCGCGAAGUAAAUAUUAAGCGGAUGGGUGAUCAGAGGAAAGCAUCAAGUUCAAGCCCACAGGAUGACUCAUUGGCCUCUAUCCCCUUUAUAGAUGAACCCACGAGUCCUAGUGUUGAUCAUGAGUCUACCCACAUUCCUGCAUCUGCAGUAAUUUCAGCCGGAAUGUCUGAAAUACUUGCAAUAACUACAGUACCCGCUAGUCCUACUAAGCCAUCCCCUCUUAUUCGUCGUCAGUUAUCACAUGACCAAGAUGCCAUUAGAAUAUCUACUGAAUCUCAGCCUUGUGCAAAAACUGAGCGAUCAAAGUCAUAUGACGAAGGAUUAGACAACUACAGAGAAGAAAAAUUAAAAUCAAUGAAGCCAAUGCCGAGCCUGCAAGGGAUGAAGGCUCCAGACAGCCUGAAAUUUUCAGUUGAUGUGAGCCCAAGAAGGGACUCCUCAUCAGACAGCUUUGGUGAUGCUUCAAAGGAAGGAUGGCUGCAGUUUCGUCAGAUCCUUACAGAAAAGGGAAAGCGUGUUGGUGGUAGCAUUCGGCCAUGGAAGCAAAUGUAUGUGGUUCUUCGAGGAUACUCCUUAUUUCUGUACAAAGAUAAAAAGGACAAGGUCGUUCAUGCAUCUUGCCCAAAUGAAGAAGAACAACCAAUCAGCAUCAAAGCCUGCUUGAUAGACAUUUCCUAUAGUGAAACCAAGCGCAAGCAUGUAUUUCGAUUAACCACUUCUGAAUGUGAAUACCUCUUUCAGGCUGAAGAUCGGGAAAAUAUGUUGGCAUGGAUUAAAUCCAUACAGGAAAACAGUAAUCUAGAUGAUGAGGACACAGGAGUUACAAGCAGAGAUUUAAUUAGCAGAAAAAUUAAAGAAUACAGUACCAUGAUGAAUACUUCUGGCAGUAAGACGGAACCAUCUCCUAAAACACCUCGCCAGACACUCAGUAUUAGACAGACCUUCUUGGGAUCCAAAACUGAUCCAAAGAGCCCACAUUCUCCAAAGCAAGAGCUGGAAAGAAAACUUAUAAAUGACACAAGUCCACCAAAAGACAAGGGAACAUGGCGAAGAGGCAUUCCUAGCAUAAUGAGGAAAACCUUUGAAAAGAAACCAGGUCCUGGUGUAACAUUUGGUGUCAGGCUAGACGAUUGUCCACCAGCUCUUCACAAUAAGUAUGUACCACUGAUAGUUGAAGUUUGCUGCAAUUUAGUUGAAGAGAAAGGACUUGAGUACACUGGAAUCUACAGAGUCCCUGGAAAUAAUGCUGCUAUCUCGAGUUUACAAGAGGAGCUGAACAAAGGAGUGACUGAUAUUGAUCUUUUGGAUGAUAAAUGGCGUGAUCUGAAUGUUAUCAGUAGUUUACUGAAAUCUUUCUUCAGAAAACUUCCAGAGCCCCUCUUCACAAAUGAUAAAUAUGCUGACUUCAUAGAAGCCAACAGAAAAGAGGAUUCAGUGGACAGACUCAGGACCCUAAAAAAAUUGAUCCGAGAUUUACCAGAUCAUCACUACGAAACAUUAAAAUUUCUUUCUGCACAUCUGAAAACAGUAGCAGAAAACUCUGAAAAGAACAAGAUGGAGCCCAGAAAUCUGGCCAUUGUAUUUGGUCCAACUCUCGUCAGAACAUCAGAAGACAACAUGAUGCACAUGGUUACUCAUAUGCCGGAUCAGUACAAAAUUGUGGAAACGCUAAUACAACAUUAUGACUGGUUUUUCACUGAAGAAGGUGAUGAAAACGCAACCACACCAGUCCAGGAAGAAAGCACAGUUGAUACACAGCCAGUGCCAAACAUAGAUCAUUUGCUAACCAACAUUGGGAGAACAGGAACUACUCCAGGAGAUGUUUCAGAUUCAGCCACUAGUGACUCAGCAAAAUCUAAGGGUUCUUGGGGAUCCGGGAAGGAUCAGUACAGCAGGGAUUUGCUUGUGUCAUCCAUCUUUGCUGCAGCCAGCCGUAAAAGAAAGAAAAAGGAUAUAAAGCCACAACAAAGCAGUUCAGAUGAUGAAUUGGAAAAUGUAUUUUCCAGGAAAGAAGUGUCAAACCAUUCCAAAACCGCUGCAACUAAGAAACCAGGGAGUAAAGGAGAAUCUGAAAAUGAAAUUGACUUUGCUGAACAGAAGGGAAAACAAAGUGACUGGUAUGUUGAGCAGCAAGAGAAAGACAGUAAAGAUGAAAAGAAUCGGACCUUUUCUAUGGCCUUGAUUGAAAAGUAUGGAAUGAGAGAAGAAGUCACAGUAGAUGAAACAAGCCCCAGAAAGCAAGACUUCCCAGCAUACUGCCAAAAAUGCACAGAUUUGCCUAAUGUUAGUUGUCUCAGUUCACAAUUAAUUUCAAGCACAAUGCCUAUUUCUACUGCUGAGGUUUCUGCCAGUAAUAUGAACUCUCGCAUUGAUAUGACUUUCUCAGCUUCCACAAUCAGCAAUUCACCUCUGGUCUCUCUGCAGCAAGCUUACUUAAGUAAGUCAAAGAAGUCAGAAGUCAAAAACAUUGAUGCAGCAUCUGCGGAUGUAAGUUCCAUCACAUCAGACUAUUCCACAACUUCUUCUGUAAUGUACCUUCCAGGUAUAGACUCCCACAUACUGAAUGCAGAAGUCCAGUCAGUGAUAGAAAGCAAAGGUGAUGAGGCUGACGAUGAAAGAAGUGAACUUGUUAGUGAAGGACACCAUGUAGAAACAGAUAGUGAUAGUGACUUUUCUGUUUUUGCUGCAAGUUGUGCACCUGAAAACGUUCUACAUGUAAUGAAACAUAAUACAGCAAUGAAUAUCAGGAGAAACUCUGAAGGAAGUGAUAAGACUGGAACAGAAGAAAGUUCAACAACAGGGCUAGAUGCUAGGACAACAUUCAGUUCACAUAAGCUAAUUGAGUGUGAUACACUAUCAAAGAAAAGGUCUCUUCGAUUGAAGGGUGAUAGUGAGGUAACAAGUGAUACAAAGGAGCAGAAAGAGUCAACUAGACCAUACAAAAUGUUUGAUGUGAUGAAGAAAGGGAAAUCUACAAGCAGUCUGGCUUCAUUCAUAAAAAAUGAACAUGAUAAGGUCGAGCCUGCUUGGAAGUUGAAAAUCACAGAGCGUUUAAAACUACGGCUAAAGACUUCUGCAGAUGACAUGUUUGGGGUUGGCCUACAAAAGUCAAGCUCUUCAGAGACCAGUAAAAGAAAAAACAUUAGACGAAGACACACUAUGGGAGGAAAUAGGGAUUUUUCAGAGCUCAGUGUUCUAAAUGCGUGGAAAGCACAAGAACAGUAUUCUCAAAGUAGUGCAGGGAGUGGGGGAGAUGAGUCGCACUUAUCAGCAGUGGACCGUCUGAAACCAAAAUGCCAAUCCCAGGAUCUCUCAAUUACAGAGUGGCUCGCACGUGAGCGCUUACGAACUAGCACGUCAGAUUUGCACACAGAAAAGGCCUCUGAGCCAAGAACUGUGGACAUUAAUUUAGACAAAGGAACAAACUCAAAGUUGCAUGCAUCAUCCAAAGAAGAUGCAGGCAGCUGUAGUAGUUUGCCCCAACUCAGCCAGCCUUCUCCUUCGGCAUCAUCGAGCCCACUACCUUCAAUAGGCCAAGUGAACGGUGAAAGCCUCCAAAGCAAGGGAAAAAGCAAUUUUAGUACAACUGUUGAUGCUCAUCCCCAUAAAAUAUCCAGUAAUCAAGUAGUCAAGUCUCGCUUCUAUCAGUACUUGUAGGUCUGCAAUUAUUUAUGUCUAGUGCUGCGAAAAAUUGUACAGCAAAUUGCUCAUCAAACAGUAUACUGAUUUUUUUUUUAUGACUCCUGUACAUAUUUCUCUACUUGAAUUCUGAAAUGGUGGAUACUCUGCCUAUAAUACAGGCUGGUUUCUGUGCUGGAUGCUGUGGAAGCUCUUUACAGCAGAUACUGAUGGCUAGAAAAAUGAUAAACUUUUGUAUAAAAUGAAUUUAUGAAUUCAGUACAAAAGAGCAUCAAGUGCUGAAACCUUGCAGUGUAAAAUUCCAUAAACUACUCAGCAUGAUCAGUAAUUCCUACAUUCAUCUUACGUGCUCUACAAUUGGAUACUGCUGCAUAUAUUUUACAUCGGCUUAUAAAGGCGAGCAAUUCAAACAUUUAUUGGAACUUAAUUGUUUGAACUUCAGUUGCUUAAGAAAGUGCCUCAUCUCACAAAAGAAAAUUGGUUUAGAUAGGGUGCCAUAUUGUCUUUUAGUUCAAAAAUACUAGAAAUCUACUGUGAACAAAUGAAGUUUUAUCUAUAAACAAGACAAAAAAAAUUAAGAUAAUUUUCCAGAUUUUAUUAACCGAACAAAUAGAGCUUCCACAUGAUAGGCAUUCCAGUUGAAUCUUAACAUUUUUUUUAAAAUCAGACUUUUAAUACAGUCUUUGUAUUGGACUUGAAUUUUUAAAGUUUCUGUAAAGAUACUUAAAUGUGUAUAUAAUUUCAUGUGUAGCUUUUUCAAAUUUGAGAUUUGAGAAAAGCUUUGUAACAUAGGCAUGUAGAUAGCGGUCUCUGGAGAAACUGCUCCCUUGCUCAUUUUUCAUCAUCUCCAAAGAGAGUCUUAACUGUGCAUGAGAACUGUUUUCUCAGAUUCAACAUUGUAUUUAGCCUGUGUACAGAUAGAGACAAAUGGUUUGUAAAUGUCCCUGGAAGCACUGGAAAUAAAUUUUUUGUUUCUGUGGA